AUGAUAUACGGCCAACCCAGUGCCUGCAACGAUGAUGUGGAGUGUUCGAGUGGAUUUUACUGCGAGAAAGUCGUCCACGCGUGCCACGAGUGUCUCCGUUGCGAGGAACUCAAACGCGAGUCUCCUGUGCCACAAGAGAUCUGCGUCAAAUCCGUCGUCGAGUGCGGCGCUUGUAUUAAAGGAUACGUAGAGGGUUUGCGCCUGGACCGUGCGUGUAUUCUACUGAGUGAGAGGUCCGAUGGUGGCGGCAGUGUCCCUCCUUACGGGUGGCUCUUCAUCGCACUGCCUCUUUUGGGAUUUAUGGCUAUUGUCAUCUACGUCGUAUGGAAGAGGAAGACUUUGUUCUCGUAUUUAGAAGAUGUCUUCAAAAUACGUGCUUCCACACUCGCAUCGGUGCACAGCCGGGGUACGAACAACGGCACUGUAUCAGCUCCAAAUGCGCACGACCCACCGCCGCCGUACAACCCUUACUACGAGCCUGUACGACCUGUCUCACCGAGCGAUACUAACGAAAUCAUCGUAUCCGAAGAUUCGGCAAUUCCGUUCAUAAAGCGUACACCAGCAGCCCCUACGCAGAGGGGCCGGGACUCGGCGGGCAGUCAAGCAGCGCGACCGUUCAACAAUCCGGCCUAUGUUCGCGGACCAUCCGCUGGGAUUGGUCAGGCGGAGGAUUCUGACCCUGGUUCCCCAUUCCCGCCUCACGAUGAAGACACUAUGGAAAGUCACUGGACUCCCAACCAAUCUAUUAACAACAAUAUCAGCGAUAACACAACGGACGGUGGCGUGAGUCCGUCUGGUGGCGAUGUAGCGGGCGCCAUAGCGACGCGUGCGCCGGCCGCGGUGGCGCGCCGCCCCGCCGCCGGUACAGAGCCGCCCUCCAAGGUCGCUCGUCUGCGGGAGGACACCAACAACAAUCGCGGACACGAGUCUAGCGGCGGCAGCGGAUCGGGGUCUCCACGCGCUUCCUCCCCCUCCCCGUCUCCCUCCCCUGGUCCCCCGCACUCCGUCAUCAUAAACGUAGUCACUAACAUAAACAAAGUCGAGCAACGAAACACUCUUAAUAAUUAAAACCCAUUGCCAUAUAUUACCUUUUAUAUUUAGUUGUGCCACACUCCGAUUAAUAUUUAUUGUAUAUACAACUAUUAACUGUUAAUUCAUAAUAAAAAAAAUCAUUCAUAUCGACCUUCUUCCGAAAAUAAAAUUAUGUUAUAGUAUAAUAUACAGAACGGAUUUUUGAGUUGGAUCAGUAAGGCUUUUUGUUCUAUAUAUAUACAUCUUUAUCC